GAGAAGCGUCUGUUCCUAGAAUGUACAGCAUCGUAAAUACCAAAAGUAACGUUGAAAUGGUGAACACCGGUUCGAGCUAAGGCGCGAGGCGGACAUUUUCCGCGUUGCUACUUCCGUCCUAAGUCCGGCUGCUGGCGGGGCAGUUGGUCGAUCCAGCUCCAAACGUCAUCGAAAUGUGAGAGCUUCUCCACCUUGGAGGAGUUUUGCAGCCUCAUCUCUCCAAUCCAUGCUCUCUCUGCGCCCAGCUUUCGUGACAGCAUCCAGACUAACAAGACCUCUCACAACACCAUUUCUGAAAUACAACAAUAAACCAAUCAGUCUGAUCAGAACCCUCGCAACCAUGGCUACCAACACGUCGAGCUAUAAGCUCCAUCAUUCCAUGAUCCGUGUGAAAGAUCCCAAGCGAUCAGUCGAGUUUUACGAGUUCCUGGGCAUGAAGCAGGUUAACAAGAUCGCCAACCCAGACGCCAAGUUCGACCUCUACUUCCUCGCAUACGACGGCCCGAAAGCGGUGUCGCAUGGAAACCAUUGGACAGAUCGCGAGGGCAUUGUCGAGCUUACCCACAACUACGGCACCGAGAGCGACGACAACUACAAAGUUUCAAAUGGCAAUACGGACCCACACAAGGGCUUUGGCCACCUCUGCAUUUCAGUAGACAACCUGCAGGCUGCUUGCCAACGUCUGGAGGAUGCCGGCUACAAAUUCCAGAAGAAGCUCACCGACGGUCGCAUGCGCCACAUCGCAUUUGUUUUGGAUCCUGAUGACUACUGGGUCGAGGUCAUUGGCCAGAAGUCGUUGGAGGAGACCGAAAGCGUCAAGGACACAGACACUGAUACAUACCGAAUGAACCACACUAUGAUUCGCGUUAAAGACAAGGACGCCUCACUCAAGUUCUACCAAGACGUCUUGGGCAUGAAGCUCAAGCGUACAUCUGAAAAUGAGAGCGCGGGCUUCAACCUGUACUUCCUCGGCUAUGGCGCGGCUGCUUCUGAAAAGACAGCAAACGGUGUCAACCCGGUAGCCGACCACGAAGGUCUGCUGGAGCUUACGUGGAACUACGGCACUGAGAAGGACGAAAGCUUCAAGUACCACAACGGAAACGAUGAACCUCAAGGCUUCGGCCACAUUUGCAUCUCCGUUGAUGAUCUCGAUGCUGCCUGUGCCCGCUUCGAGGAGAAGAAGGUCAACUGGAAGAAGAGGCUCACUGAGGGGCGCAUGAAGAAUAUCGCAUUUGUCCUGGAUCCUGACAACUACUGGAUUGAGGUUGUGCAAAACGAGAAACUCAAGAAGGGAAGCAAUAUAUAAGCGGGCCACGUCUGCUGUCUAUGCAGGCGGUGCGCAUCCUACACCUCCGCCGUCCAUCCUCCAAUGAGUGUAGACCACAUGGAGAGUAGUACGGUGCAACUGUCCACAGCAUUUCACAAUUGAAAACGUGUACAUGAAUAUGACAGUGUGAGGUAGGAAUACAUCUAACACACUUGAACAUACUUUGUUUGUCGUUUUCCGUCUCUUGUCUCGACCUUCACAAGCAUCAUAACUAUUAUAUCAUCUGCGGAAGAUCUCCCCGCAUUGCUUGACAGGGCCAUCUAACAUUCGUGGCGCAAAACGUGGGGUGCGGGGGCGGGGUAGACAUCUAACUCGAAGUAGUAAGCUUUACAUCGCACGAGGGCACCACAGAUGCAACUUACUGCAGCAAACUGCUGGAAUGGUCC